GUCACGUGACCGUGAAGUAAAACAAAAUGGCGGCGCCCACGGAAGACGUGUCUUGCGUUCCAGAACCAAAAGAUGAAAUGCUUUGUACAAUUGAAGCAACUGUUGUCACAGGAUUUGAACCAGUUGCCGCAGAAGAAGCCGAGGAAAGGUUUAAGACAAAAUGCAAGAUACUGAGAGGUCGAAUCAGCAUACCAUGUCCAAUUGAAAAAGUGGUAACGAUAUCAAUGAAAUCUCGAUUAACGGUGUUCUUAUCUGUCACAAUGAAUAUAACCCACACAUUUUCCCCUGUCAAUGUGGACAUUGUACAAACUUCAGUACUUGUGUCUCAUGGACUGACAGUAUUUAUCAUCAUACAUAGUUCAGAGUCUGAAGAAGAAGACGCUGAUCAUAACCACCAUUUCAAGAGAAAGAAAACGUGUGAUGAGUCGUAUGUAGACAGUGAGGGAACUACACUGCCACCAAGUGACAACGAGACUCUGCCGCCUCCUCUUAAGUUGUAUGUAGAUUUUGACAGUGAUGUGACUACAUUGCCACCAAGUGACAACGAGACUCUGCCACCUUCUGAUAAGUCGUUUUUACUCACUGACACUACAUCAAGGAGUGUUCCCAUGUUUCUAGUCCAAAUAAGAUGUUUCACGAUUGAUUUGAUAAAAGACAUUGGGUCUGAAAUCAUUCGACCUCCACCUCUGAUUUGUGGAGAACAGGUGACAGAUCUAGGAUGUGUUGACAACUGUAGGAUAGUGAUGAAACAUAUUAAAGAUUUCAACUUUACUCAAGACCAGAAUGAUAAUCUUCAGAGACUUAGAAAUCUUGUUGGCUCUGUCGACUGGCCGGCAGGGUUAAACAUCUGGCGCAAGUUCUUUAGUUUUGAGCAUGGUGUAGCAGAUUAUCCAGCAGAAAUCACCACUGACUUUGGAGAAGUUAUAAUACCACCUCCAAGACAGGUCACUGAGGGAGAGAAGAAGUCAAAAAGGUCAAGGAAAAGGAACAAAAAGAAAAAGAAGUUUGAAAAUAAAAGUGAUGAAAAAGAUGUAAAACAGACUGACGAAGGUUCUAAAAGUGUAGACAGUGAGAUAGGAGACACUGAAAGAAUUGAUAAUGAUAAGGUUACAGAGGAACAGCAAGAAAAAGAAAACAAUGCUAAAUCUGAAGGUGUAUCACAAGCUGAAACUGAUAUGUCUUCUAAUAAACAUAGUAAAAGUGACGAACGACUUGAAACAUCAAAAGAAGAAGAGAAAGAGAGUACAGAAACUGUUACAAAGAAGCCAAGAGUUAGGGAAAACCCUUGGAAUCCUAUGAUGCCAUCUUUCAGGGUUACAUGUUACAGGGUAGGGGACAAGCAUAACUUUGAUUCAAUGACAGCUGCAGCAAACUUUGGUGGUGCUAUUUAUAGAUAUUUUGGUUGGAAUGUAAAGAUGACGGAAUUCGAUAUAGAAGUGAUUCUAGGAAUAGAUGACCAGGAAGUAACUGUAAGUUUAGGACUGACUAAGGAAAGUCUGCAUCGGAGGAAUAUAACUCAUUUUGGACCAACAACACUCCGGCCUACCAUUGCUUAUGGGAUGCUCAGGUUGUGUGACAUACAGACAGGAGAUAUUGUAUGUGACCCAAUGUGUGGAACUGGAAGUAUUCCUUUACAGGGUGCAUUACGUUGGCCAUAUUCCUUGAACCUUGCUGGUGAGAUUGGAAAACGUGCAUUACAGAGAUGCCAUAGUAACAUACACGAUACAGAUGAAAAAAGAAAGACAGAAAACAAGUCUCCAUUGUUAAUUGAUGCUGUAAGAUGGGAUGUGUGUAACCUACCAGUGAGAGAUCAUUCUGUGGAUGUGUUUGUUACAGAUCUUCCGUUUGGAGUGAGAAUGGGACACAAGGUAAACAACUGGACUUUAUAUCCAGGGGCCUUGUUUGAGAUGGCAAGAGUUGUCAAACCUGAAACAGGCAGAUGUUGUCUCUUGACAGAGGACAAAAAAUGUAUGAUAAAGACAUUACAACACAUUGGCAAGUACUGGAAGAGGACAAAAACUCUAGGUGUCAAUAUCGGAGGCCUUGCUGGGGGUAUCUAUGUUCUAAUGAGGACAGCUGAACCUUUUGAUAAACACGUAAACAGGGAUAUAUUUGCUUCUAAAGAAAAGAAGGGAGAUAAAUCUAUGGUGACAGACAGUCCAGACUGUUGCGGAGAUGAUAUUUGAAGAUGUGUGUGUACUUGAACAUUUUUAUGCCCCCAAAGGGAGGCAUUUUAGUUUUCAACUGUCCGUCCGUUAGUUUGUUCAUUCAUCACAACGUUAACUUUUUGCAUGAAGGCACUUUACUCGCAAACCACUGCACCCAGGACCUUCAAACUUCACAUGCUGAUAGUACUUAUUGAGUACACGACCCCUAUUGACUUUGGGGUCACCAGGUCAAAGGUCAAGGUGCUGUGGGGGCAUUUGUCACCAUUAGUGACAGCUCUUGUUGUGUUACAGUAAUUUGAUAUAGAAUUUUGGAGAAACAUUUUGCGUUUAUUGUUAAGUGAUAGAAACAUGUAGUCAUCAUGCAGGCACAACACACUGUGACCACAAGAUGGGAGAAUAAAGAUUCUACCUAUCAUGUUAAAAGCAUAAGUCUUAAUUUUAUUUAAGAAAUAAUAUAUCUUAUUUAGUGAUUUGUCACUGAAUAAAUCAGUUUGAAGUUCAGAUGCGAAGGAAUAAUAUCAUGAGGGCGCAGCCCGAGUGAUAUAAUAAAUUAUAUACGCAUCUGAAUGACAAACAAUGAUUUUAUUCAAGAGCAAGUCACUAAAUGAGAUAUGCUAUUUCGAUUCUAACACGUUACCAAGGAUUUCAAAGUACAUCCUUGAAGACAUUCAUGAAAUAUUUGCCCGUUUUUAAUUGGUUUCUUUUCCAGCGCGCCGCUAUGCCGUUUGAUGCUAUGACGUAAUAAUUGUGACGUCAGAAAAAUGAAUUGUAUUAUAAUUCAAUGUUUCAGCCUUCUUUGUUUAAUAGGAAAAAGAAUCGGGAUCUUGUUAGAAUAGGAAAUCAGAUAAAUGAAAUUCCAUAAAGAUGCAGCUUUUCUGAUGAUUUGUGAGAAUAAAAGAAAUCAAGUCUCAGAAUUAUGUAAAAGAGGGUCAAAAGUUCUGUCUUUGUUAAAGGUUGAAUGUAUUAGGUCAUAAUAGUUACCUUGGCCUCUGACCUAAUAACCCCCAAAACAACAGAAAAAACUAAAAAACUUCAUUUGAUUACGAUAGGCAGUUAUUUGCUGAAGUUUGAUACCUGUAGUCCCAUUGCGAGGGUUCAAUGCAAUAAGGGCAUAUCUACAUAUAAUAAUUAUAUGUAGAUACUCCCUUAUUGCGUUGAACCCUUGAAAUUUGGUUCUUCAGUUAAUUUAUCAGAAAUAUAUAAAAUAAUCAAGAAUCUAUGUAAUGUAAAAACAAUAACAUACAGGCUGACUAAGUUACAAUUGUAUGUGAGAGGUUUUGAAAAUUUCCGAUAGAACUUGAUUUUAUGUUUUUUCCUGAAGAAAAUCUAAAAAUCCUUUUUUCAUGACCUGUUAAUGUGAAAGAAAGGUCUGUUGAUUGCUCCAAUCAGUUUCUGUCACAUUUUUGGUUUAAAUUUACAUAGCAAAGUAAGAUAUUUUUUCUUCUUUUUACUAUUUCACUUUGUUCAAGCUUACCGGGUAUUCUCAUUUUCCAUAAUUUUAGUUAAAAAAAGUUUAAUUCUGACCAGUCUUUGAUAUAAAUAAUGGGUGUAUCUGUUUCUUUGAGUAGGCGUAGCAGAUAGGUAUCUUCUCACAUAAAUUUCAUUGGUUGAAUAUAUGAGUUUCCAGAAUGAGCCAACCAACUUCUAUCUGAAUAGAUUGAAGCAAUUCAAGCAAGUCAGUAAAUGACAAAAAUAUCUCCACAAAAACAAUGACGUAUAUUUUAUAUUGGGAAGAAACAAAAAACUGUUCUAUCAUAAAGACGAGCAAUAAUACUACACUCGAAACCCGUUAUAACGCUACUAGAUAUACCGCGGUCCUCGGUAUAACGCUGUAUGGCCUUGACGCCCAAAUUAUAGAGGGUAUAAAAAAAAAAAAAAAAAAAUCCGUGGAUGUUACUUAAUUUGAUCAUACCAGCGUUAAAACUACAAGUACCUGUGUACCCCUAUUGUAUUUCUGUCUGCACAGUGCCGGUUCAUUUUUAAGUCUUAUGUCAAUCUCCCUUGCAGAGUUGUAGUUCUUCCUCUUCAGAA